UUAAGUCAGUACGGAUAUAAACAUAAGGCAGUGCGAAUGUGUGUUUCGUGCAAACACAGCCGGCAACAUGUGGUACAAAAUAUUAAUAUUCGCUGUUACUUGUUUAUUAACGUAUAUUUUUAAGAAGUCACAGGAGACCGGCCCAAGUAAAUUUAAGUUCUAUUUUAAUUUCUUCGUAUUUUAUUUCACUACAUCAUGUGUGGCAGCUGUGAUGUGGCCAUAUUUUCUACUAAGCCCUAAAAAUGUGAGGAAUGCCAAAGUUGCAGUGGGUCUUCUAAAACACGUUACAAAACUAUAUGGUUUACAAUGGCACCUAAAAGACGGCCAUAUUUUGGCCGAGGACCGAGGCGCGGUUAUCGUCUCGAAUCAUCAGAGUUCACUUGACAUAUUAGGGAUGUUUAAUAUAUGGGAAGUGGUAGACAAGUUGGCGGCUAUUGCCAAAAAGGAAUUGUUUUACAUAUGGCCGUUUGGGCUCUCCGCAUACCUGGCCGGCGUCGUUUUCAUAGACAGGAGUAAUGCGAAAGUGGCCUACAAACAGCUCAAGAUGACCUCUGACGUCAUGGUCAAAAAUAAGACUAAAAUUUGGUUGUUCCCCGAAGGUACAAGAAACAAAGAUUACACGAAACUGCUGCCUUUCAAAAAAGGUGCUUUUAACAUAGCUGUGGCUGCGCAAGUGCCAAUCAUACCCGUCGUGUUCUCUCCUUACUACUUCAUUAACAAGGAGAAAUAUAUUUUCAACAAAGGACAUAUAGUUAUCCAGUGCUUGGAACCUAUAUCAACUGUUGGUCGUACUAUGAACGACGUACCUGAACUAAUCAAUCAAGUCCACGAGAAGAUGUCAAUAGCAUAUAAGGAGAUUUCUAAAGAAGUUGUGAACUCAUUACCAUCUGACUAUCCCUUUAGUCUUGUAGGAUAAGAAAACGACUGUAAUUUUAUCUAUUAAUUUAAGUAAUUAUUUAAGAAUAUUAUUUAAGGAGUUAAUUGUUACUAUAUUAUU